GCCGGUAGAGGCGAACGUGUCGGUGUAGUCAAACGGUAUUUAAUAAUCGUGUGUGCAUUCGUUUUUACAAUCGAUAGUUUGUGAACUUAGUGCAGUCGUGCAUUUUGGGUGAAAGGAUAACUGACUUGCUCGUGACUUUUGAACUAAAGUGCCAACCGAUUGCAUAUCAGUAGGAUGAAUUAAUUUAUAUAAAACUUAAAGUAUUAACAAUGGGUGCUCCAGCAUGGGGUUCCCGUGGCGGCGGGGACCGACCGCGUCUCUUGCGCAUGACGCCCCUACGUCACAGCUUCGCCGCCCCUGCUUCCCCGCCCGCACCUCCCACUCGCGCACCGGACUACGCCUCUGACGCAGACACUAAUAAGAAAGAGGAAAGUUGGAAUGCAAACUUAUCACAAAGAUGGAGAAAACUAAGACGACGCUGUUCCCGGUUACGGCCCGGCUCUGGUGCUAGAGAGCCCAGUCCAGUCCGCUGUUCACCAUCACCACCUAGACCACUAUCACAUUGUUCGCCUGCUCCACCUUCAAAACUUUCGUUCAGACAUCGAGGAAAAGUAUACACUACAGCAUCACUCCGUGUUACUAGUGGUGCACCGGACUUAUUACGAGCACUCGGCAAACUUGGUGGAGGGUUACGAAGGAGAGCUUUAUCAGCACAUGACGUUCUGGCUCCUCAGCAACAACAGCCAGCAACUUUCUAUGUUCCUAGUCCAACGGCAGUUCGACAACCGGCAUCUCCGUCACCACCACGCCAGUCCGCUACACUUCGUCGUAGAUGCAGCUCACCAAACGUUUACCGAGCCAACAAAACUUCACCUGCUCCACGAAAUCGCACGCCUAUAAUAAAUAAUGAAGAUGAAAGUCGUGACGUGGUAGACUUCAGUUACAUCCCAGAGAGAAGAAAGAAUAGUAAUGAAAGCAGAAGCCGCCGCCCUUACAGUGAAAAUGUAGAGUUGGAAAUACCUAUGUACAGGAAUGGUUACAGUCGACUAACAGGAGAUGAGACACAAAGGUUGUGGGAGGAACCGUACAGGUUACCACGAGUACAGUCACGACAAGAUUCGAUGCAGCAUUUGCGUAACGGUGUCGCUGAACUGCGCGUUAGUGCAACGCCAAGAUCCACAAGACCUCCUCCCGCGCCACCGUCUAAUCAUCAUAAUAAAAAACCACCAGCACCCGAGCCAAGGGAUAAUCAUACAUUCGAGGUGAGUAUAAAAUAUUCUAAAUCCAUAAGAUUACUCAUACACUCCUAUAUAAACUGACAGUUUUGUAUUUUAAAAUCAAAGUUUAACAACAAUAUUAACUUUCAUUACUUUAAAUUCCAGGUUCGUUUUACGAAGUCAGCAGGAGGAAAAGGACUUGGAUUUAGUAUAGUAGGUGGUAAAGAUUCCCCGCGCGGGGACAUGGGAAUAUUCGUGAAGACAAUUUUUAACAACGGACAAGCUGCAGAGUCCGGUUUAUUACGAGAAGGUAUCAUUUUUCACAUUACUCCGAAAUCAAUUUACUCAACUAAUAUACCCUUUUUUGAAUUAAAAAAAAUUACUCGAGCGCCCAUAAUAUUUAUUUCAAGCAUACUUAUUCCCACAUCAAGUAAUAUACCGCGUUUCGCCCUAAUUACAUAUUAAAAU